GGCCAAUUCGGAAUAUGGAACACUAGUACAUGUGGGAUUAAUUUAAUUGUGUAUAAUUUCGAUACUACGUAUAUCUGUAAUUGUUCGUUAUGACCACUGAAGAGAAUUCAGAAAACAAAAAACAUUAAUUGCGCAUUCCUUCUUGUUCUGGUUAGCAUUCCGUUAUGUUGGAUAUGCUGGCGAGAAAUUGUUGUAAUCAUCAUGAUCGUUCAUGAUCAUCGUGUUGGUGUUUCUGUUUGUUUCACAAUUUGUUGCAUGUUCGCGCAAAAUUAUUGUAAUUCGAAGUCGAUUAUCAUAAAUAGAUAAUGGUGUGCAUUAAGUCAGUGGAUGUGUUCAGCCUGAUGUCACCCAUUGGGGAGAUGGUUAUGAAAAUUUGCCCACAAGGCUUGCAUAGUCUCUCUCAGUGUGAUAAUAUACAGGAUAAAAAUUUUGAUCCACAGAAAGGGCAAGACGUGUUUCUGAUUGGAAAGAAAUCUGAAAAUGAUAGAGUGCAGAAGCAUGUUGAAGAGUGCAUUGAAUGGUUAAAUGCCUACUUCAGAGAUGUCAGAAAUGUCAUUUCUAUACACAUGCCUGACAUCUGUGUCUUUACAGAAAUUGGGUCAUUUCAAGAGAGAGUUUGGCUUUCUUUGGCAAAAAACAUUGGACCAGGAAAGGUAGUGUCAUAUGGAGAACUAGCUAAGAUGGUGAACAGUCCAGGAGCCUCACAGGCAGUUGGAAAUGCAAUGGCAGCAAAUUCACUGCAGAUUUUGGUCCCUUGUCACCGUGUUAUUCGUAGUGAUGGUUCAGUGGGGCAGUAUGCAAAAGGUAAAAAGAACAGCGUGAAGAAUUGGUUACUGCAGCAUGAGGGGUGGAAUAUUGUCAAUAAGAAAGUUGUAGGAUUAAAGAACAUUUAGUAUGCCGUUUCCAGUGCUUUUGUUGCUACAUUAUGGACAAGAAGACUAGCAUACUAGGCCCUUAUUCCCAAAAAUUGGUGAUGGAUUAUAUAAGUAGCCAAGUGUUAAUCCCAUAUGUAAACUAUUCAGUUUUCAUUGUAAAUUAGCAGUAAAUAAUUUCAUUCUAAUGUUUUGUGGGGAGAAGCUAUGGCAAACUAUUGGUAUUGAUAUGAGUGGCUCGCAAGAUAUAUUUUAUUGGCACUUUAGUGAGACAAGUCAUCAAGGAUGGUCUUCUUACUGCUUCAUUGGAAACAGCACAAAUCCUAAUAACUUAGAGGUAAGAUUUAAAACUGAUAAUUCAUUCUACUGUUGCCCCCCCCCCCUUUCUUUUAAAAUUUCCCCAAUUUGUCCCUUGAAACCUAAUCGUUUAUAACUUGAGUUAAUCUCAUUUAAUUUGUAUUGUUUCCAUGCACAGCACUUGAAAUGAAAUCAGCAUGAUUAUUACACAAGAGUUAGCAGAGAAUUUUAUACCGUCCUGUGUAAGUUUAAAUAUAUGUUAAAUGUAAUGUAUGCCAUUCUUCUCUAUUGUUUGCAUCACCUACAGUACCAGCCCUCCCUAACUGAUUAACUCAACACAAACAUUAGCUUCCCCUGGUGCUUUUAAAAAAUUUAAAUUUUUUUUUUGUUGGUACUUCAGUAUAUGUUCAGCUCCUUUGUAUACCAUUUCCCCAUUCACCUCUGCUUCCCUAUGCCUGAGUUCCAAAUUAAAGUGCUGCCUCCAUAUGUCAGUUACCGCCACAUUGUUUCCAAUAGUAUUAUCUUUAUCCUGACACAUGGUAGUCCUUAGUUUCAAGGCAGCCUUUAUACUGUUAUUUCUGUCAAAGUACAACUUGAUCAUUCAGUCUGUAUUUUAGCAUGUAAGGUUUAAUAUACAACUGUAUAAUCUCAUUUAGUUACAUAGUUUUGUUUGUUUAAUAAAUAUGCACACUGCAAUUUGUAA